GGAACACACCAAAACACAGCUGAGCCGCUGCUCGCUGAACUUCAAGACUUCUUGUGUUUUAUCUCUUUCUGCUCUGCUCACACACACACACACCGCCUCCAGACAGACUUUAUACCUCCUCUGGCUGGCUGGCAGCACUGUGACAAAGAUGCACCUCGACAUGACUCUCCUUCAGAUUGUUGCUGUGCUCAUCCUGCCAGGAGCAUGGGGUCAGAGCGGCAGCAGCAGCACACUCGGUGUGGUGGUGGAGGCUAAGAACAUCACCCUCCCUCAGGGGUCAAAGGCCAUCCUUCCCUGCCACAGCCCCCGCAUGGUGUGGACCCAGGACAGGCUGAAGGACCGUCAGAGGGUGGUGCACUGGGACUUGGUGCGCAGCAGCCCGGAGUAUUCUGUGGAGCGAGUCCUGGACAUGUCCCCUGGAGCCCGCCUGAGGGUCUACAAUGGCUUUAACAAGGGACGCAUUUCCGUCCCAGACUCUGCUUUCGAUGACGGCAACUUCUCCCUCAUCAUCAACAGUGUGGUCACAACUGACAAGGGAGUUUACACUUGUAAUCUGCAUCAUCACUACUGCCAGAUUCACCAGUCCAUUCAAAUCCAGCUCAAUGUCACUAAAUCAGCUCGGAAAGAGAAACGUUACUGGGAUGGAGAGAAGACCGUGUUCGUGGUCUUGCUCGGCAAGUCGGUAGUAUUGCCUUGUGUGAACCGACGUCCCCUGUGGAGAGACGGUCUCCAGGAGGACCAGCAGCAGGUGGCUCACUGGGACUUCCAGGCCCCCGGAGUGCGUCCCGACAGGGCCGGCCGCCUGGUGGACCUCUACGCCUCCGGAGAGCGCCGAGAUUACGGACCACGCUUUGGAGAGAACAAGAUGAGCGUGGAGGAGGACGCUUUUACUUUAGGCGACUUCUCGCUGUCCAUUUCUAACUUGAAGCCUGUUGAUAAAGGCCUGUACUCCUGCCACCUGCAUCACCACUACUGCGGCCUGCACGAGAGACGCAUCUUCAGGCUCACUGUUGGACCUCCACUUCCGUCCGCCCCCACCACGGCACCCAAAGUUUUCCAGAAUGACGUGCCAGAGCCAAGGACUGAAGUUGUGGAGGGUCCACGUGUGGUGAAUGUCAUCCUCCCUGAGCAUCGUGGGUAUUUCGUGCAGCAUUUGGGCUACUUUCUGGCAACAUUCAUACUGCUGGCGUUCAUCGUUGUCGCCGUUGUCGUGUUGACUCGACGACGUAAAAAGAGAGGUCUGGAGUAUGACCUGCGCCGAUCUGAUCGGGGACAUGUGAUCGAUGGAGGUGAAACGUCAUUAGACCUCACAGAGCUGAGGCCCUGUAGCCAAGAACCUCUGAAUUCAGACUUCAAAAACAACCUACUGAAAGAGAGAGAUAUGGCCAAAGACUGCAAUAGGGACUUUGAUGGGAAACUGUGGAAGUGAGUGUGAUAUUUCUGAGAUGCUGCUGGCAGGUCCAGGGCAAACACCGGAAGAGUAAAUGACCGUGGAGAGAAGGGAAACCCAGGAGAGGACAGGAGGAAUGCUCCCUCUGCUGUAACUCUAACACACUAAGCUUUCUUUUUUUACUAAAAGCCAUAAUUUUUACAUGCCAUUUUUUUUUUAUAUAACUUGCAUAUUUCACCACCUGUUAUAACAAUAUGGUUAAACAUAUAUUUGAUCCCUACUCUUUGUGUUUGUUGGUUGGUAUAUGUUGAAUAUUAGGUAUUUUUUAAUCAUUCUUUAAAAAGAAAAAAAAUCUUUACAAAAAUGCAUGCUGUUUAUUGAAGUAUGUUUUAUGUGUACUUUGCAUGCUUACUGAGCUGCAAGCUCACAGCUGUUCUCCAUUCUUCAGAUUUUCUUUUUUGCACAAAUUCUGCUGUAAUUUGUAAAGGAUUUUCAUCAUGCAAAGUUACUGUGGGUAGACAGUUUCAGACAGUGUUUGGAAACCACACAUUUUAAAAUUUUCUAGCUUUAUAAUAAGACAUUUUAAAAAGAUUAUGGUACUUUUUAUUUUUAUUUUUUUUAACAAAACUCAGCUCUGGUGACAAAAUGACUACAUUAAUUAUUUUUAUGCGUGCAUUUUAUGUAUUUCAGAAAUGCAGACUGCCCGAUUUAAAUUUGUCUCCAUUUUUCCCCAAAUGGAUAUGUCUGUUCAUUGAUAACUUAUCAAAUGAAAAAUAGUGAAAUUGUAGGACCAUGGACUAAAGGCUCAGUCUAACAAAACUCAGGUAAAAGAAAAAUCUUUUAACCAUUUAUUUGGUUUUUAAUGGGCUGUGCACUACUUGUUUGCAUCAAGCACGUAUAAAGCACCCUGGUUUAUAAAACACUGAAUUUUCGUUACUAAAUCUGCUAGUCAAUGACACAGGUAUAAAAUGUGCGGCUGUAGCACUAUGAGGUUUACUGUCUACUAUCUCAGUAAUGCUAAAUACCAAACUGUAAUCCUAACCCCUUAUUUUUCUUUGGGUCUAUUGCUCACUUGCACACUCUCUGAUGUCGGUCUCUUCUAAGAAAAGAUUUCUUCUAUUAAAGAUUCACAAUGGUGGCCACAGACUCAUCACUAUUUGUUCUGAGGGUUUCCACAGAUCACAUAUCUGGUGUUUGGGUGAAUAGGAAACUGUGAUAUGAAUUUAUAAUGUAUUGAUAGCCUCUGAAGACUUUAGGAUUAGGAGUAUGAGAGAAGGAACAUUUGAGGUAAGUCAUUUAUCAUUGUUUUAAAUUGUAGAGGGAUGAGAUGAGCACUGAAUACUUGUGUGAUAUUAACAUCCUGUAGUUCAUGUGACAUUGUAACUAGAGCUGCAACUAUUGAUCGACUAAUCAAUAAGUUGUCAUUUGUCAUCAGUUGUCACUAUUUAAUUAAUCACCAAAUAUUUUGAUAAUCACUUAAUCUGUUUGAGGAUUU